GCAAACACCCUAUAUUUCCUCCUCCCACAAACCCCCCUGAUUUUUCUCUCACUACAUUUUCCCCAAGGGCAGCAGCACGCCAUCUCUGUCUCUUUCUCUCUCAUCUGGAAGUUUAGCUGUACAAAAGCCGUCGUUUCCCAUACCCAAAGAUCUGUAAAUUUCCCAAAAAAAUAAAACUAAAUUACACUACUACUUCUCCUCUGCACCGAUCAGGGGAUUGAAUUGUGAAGAGUAAGAUAGAAGUAAGGGGAAAAAGUUUGAUUUGAAUUGAAUUUGGUUGGAACGUUGAGGUGUUGGAAAUGUCGAGUCGGAAGGAGGAUGAAAAGAAUGAGCGGAUUAUACGGAAUUUGCUCAAGUUACCCGAUAAUCGGAGGUGUAUUAACUGUAAUAGCUUGGGGCCUCAAUAUGUGUGCGUUAACUUCUGGACAUUUGUCUGCACAAACUGCAGUGGGAUACAUCGGGAGUUUACCCAUAGAGUGAAGUCAAUAUCUAUGGCUAAAUUCACUUCACAAGAAGUUAGUGCCCUUCAAGGGGGAGGAAAUGCGAGUGCAAAAGAAAUUUAUCUUAAGGAAUGGGAUCCACAGCGUCAGUCUCUUCCAGAUGGCAGUAAUAAUGUGGAAAGGCUUCGAGAUUUCAUUAAACAUGUUUAUGUAGAAAGGAGAUAUUCUGGUGAAAGGAUCUUUGAGAAGCCUCCAAGGGUGAAGGGGGAAAGCGAGGACUCUCAAGAAAACAGGAGGAUAGAUAGUUUCCAGAGUGGUUCUCGAAGCCCACCAUAUGAUGAUGACCGUCGUUAUAGUGAUAGACCGAGUCCAGGUGGAAGAAGUCCAGGGUAUGAUCAAGAUCAUCGGCAGUAUGAUAAGAGAAGUCCUGCUCGCACAGAAGUAGUCAAUGACUGGCGACGUGAAGAUAGAUUUGGUAAUGGAAGGAGAUCAGAGGAUAUAAGAGUUUCUGAUGGAGGUUCUAAGCUUGGUAGUAGGUCGCCAGAUCGUCAAAGAGAUCUAGAUGUGUCCAGUCCGCCAGUGGUACGACCUGUUAGAGAUAUUUUGGGAGAGAAUGUAUCUCCUCUUCGUGUUCUUGAACCUCCAAAAGCCAAUGGCCCCAAGUCUGCUGAUGUUUCCACACGCACUCAGAGAACCGCAUCUUCCAGUAGCUUGGCAUCCUCUAAUGGGAACCCAGCUGAAAUUAAAAUUGAAGCUUCAUUAAUUGAUUUUGAUGCUGCUCCAGAACCUCCUGUACCUGCACCGGUACAGCCACAGCAAUCAGCUGCAAGCACAUCCAUAGCACAGACAACAUCACCUAGCAGUGAUAACUGGGCAAAUUUUGAUUCUGUCGCUGAGGUGAAAGCAUCUCAGCCACCUGUUAACUCCAAUCCGCUGGAAUCUGUGCUUUCUCAGCUGUCAAUGCCAGCAUCUGUAUCUGGUCAUGUGGCCGUGACUCUGGGAAUUGGUAAUGCCUUGCAUAAUGCCUCCGUAGGCACCUCGUCAGCUUUCCCAAAUGUUUCACCUGUUACAUCUUUUGGUUCGCCUUUUGGCAAUGUUGCUCCCAAUUCUGUGACAGCAAACAACUCCACAGCAUCUUCAACUGGUAAUCCAGCAGCAGCCCCUGGACCUGUUGCAUCACUGCCAAUUCCAGGUGGUAAUUCAUUUGGAAAUGCAGUUACUGGAGGACAAUGGUUACAACCUCAGUCACAUUCUUCGUUCCCUGCUGUUGGUGGCCAACCUUUGUCUCAACCACUCACUCCAGCUUCUGUUGGACCUUCAAGCAAUCAGCCAUGGAACCCGUUAUUUGCACCAAAUGCUCAAGUGCUUCCUGGUGCAAAUGUACAAGCAUCACAAGCUGUUAUGAGACCUGGCUUGGAUGCCAGUACUGGUGUAGCUACACAAAACUCUCAGGAAGCUAAAUCUAGUGGCAGAAGGGAACUGCCUGAGGAUUUGUUCAGUUUUAGUUAUCCAUCAAUGCCAGUACGAGUUCCUGGUUGGCAUGGUAGUCCAGCACAUGGGAUGGGUUUUAACAUGCAAUACAACAUGCCGAUGCCCAUGCAGCCCACCUUCCCUCAGGCCUCAAAAUCGACAAAUCCUUUUGAUGUCAGCGCUGAUCCUUCUCCUGCUGCUGCAUUUCCCUCAAUGGCAUCAUUGCAAGGUGCAUUACCACCCUUGGCAGCUCCUGUAGGCCUUCUCCAAACUUCCAGUCUUGGUGCCCCUUUGGCCCAUCCAUCAGCACUGCUGCCUAAUGGACCUCCUUAUGCAUCUAUUAUGCCUUCAAGUACUUUGAUGUCUUCUGCUACAAACUUGAUGCAGCAGCUGCCUGGUAACAUGCCACCAAGGCCACAUGGACAAGUUAGUUAUGGCAUUGAGAGUGGUGCUUUUGGACCUCUAAGUUCAAAUCAGCAGCUGAGUGUGUUACAGUCAGUACCUGCUGCACCAAAUACCUUCUCUUCUAUUGGAGGGAACCCAUUUGGGUGAUUGGGAGAAAUAGCCCAGGUGAUUGUUUUUGAUGCAUCAACGUGUUCUUCUUUUUAGUAGUUUGGUGGAAGUUUUGGUUCCUUGUAGCCUAAUUAUAUGAUGAUGAGGCUUGUUGCAUCCACACCAAGUUGAAGUUCCAUAAUCCUCUCUAAUGUGUUGCUGUAAUGAUGCUAUAGUCAGAAAUUGGGAGCGGCUUAUUGUCGGAAAGGGAUUGAGCGGCUCCUGCCGAUUGUUUUGUGCUUGAUUGGAAAGAGUUGCAUGCUGCUAUAGCGAGGUGCAUUUUGAAAAUUUUCUUGCCUUUUUUUUUUGUACUAGUCAUCGAGAACUUUUGUUGGUGAGAAAUUCCUUCUCUUUUUCUCCCAGUUGGGUUAGUGGAGUAAUUGUACGAGAGCAUGCAGACAGUAGAGUAGCACAUUAUAUGUAUUCUGGUAUGAGUGUGUUCAAUGUUCAUAUCUGCAUCAAAUAAGCUUGUACAGCUGAUUUUUUCCCCCCUUUUUUGUCUGGUGAUAAUGUGAUAUGAAUUUAUGUAGUUGUGGGGAA